ACAGCUGCGACGCCAGCAACGGCAACAUCAGCAGCAAAGACGCUUACGGCGAACCUUGUCGCAGCAGCGGCAGCAACAGCAACAUCAACAGCAGCACCACCAGAAGCUCCAACAACUGUUUUAAGCACUCGCACAUACAUUGGCGCGCCCAUUGGCAAAAAACGGGCGUUUGGUAACAAGUAGCAACAGCAAAGAAUAUAAGGCAAAAAAAGCAACCAAAUAUACAGUACACAUUAUGUUGGGCGCAAUGACAACGCCAGCGACAUUGCUCGAGUUUGGGGCAAUUGGUGAUGUGCCAAGCAUUUUGGAAAUAGAACUGCCAGCAAUAUUGUUCAACGAGAGUCUCUUCAUUGAACUGAAUGGCAGCCUCACGCAGCUCGAUGGCAAUAGCAUUGUCAACCAGAGCAGCUGGAACAUCAGCGGCGGCAACAUCGUUGGCAGCAGCAACAAGAGCCUAAACAACGGCAGCAGCAAUAACAGCAGCAGUAGCAAUGCAAGUAUCAACAUUACCCAACUGGAGGAGGAGCAACGUGCCGCCAAUGAGCGUGCCGCAGCUGAGUUUUGGCUGCUGGUCAAAAUGAUAGCCAUGGCCGUUGUGCUGGGCCUAAUGAUACUCGUCACCAUUAUAGGUAACGUAUUUGUGAUUGCCGCCAUUAUUCUUGAACGCAACUUGCAGAAUGUUGCUAAUUAUUUGGUCGCAUCUCUGGCAGUUGCUGAUUUGUUUGUUGCCUGCCUCGUCAUGCCGCUUGGCGCCGUCUACGAGAUUAGCAAUGGCUGGAUCUUGGGUCCGGAGCUCUGUGACAUUUGGACAUCAUGCGAUGUGCUGUGCUGCACCGCAUCCAUACUACACCUGGUCGCCAUAGCAGCGGACAGAUACUGGACCGUUACGAAUAUUGAUUACAACAAUUUGCGAACACCUCGUCGAGUCUUUAUUAUGAUAUUCUGCGUAUGGUUUGCCGCUUUAAUUGUCUCGCUGGCGCCUCAGUUUGGCUGGAAGGAUCCGGACUAUAUGAAGCGCAUCGAGGAGCAGCAUUGCAUGGUUUCGCAGGAUGUGGCCUAUCAGAUAUUUGCCACAUGUUGCACCUUCUAUGUGCCGCUACUGGUCAUUUUGUUUUUGUACUGGAAAAUCUAUUUAAUUGCCAGGAAGCGGAUUCAGCGUCGCACGCAAAAGUCGUUCAAUGUUACGCUGACGGAGACCGAGUGUGAUUCGACGACCCGUGAUUUUCAAAAGGGGCGUUGCAAGCGGCGUCUGGCGAAACGAACGAAGAAUCGAGAGCAUGAACUGGAAGACACGGAGAAUGGUACGGAACAGCUGCAGCGACGGACGCGGAAACGCAUGAAGAUCUGCUUUGGUCGCAACUCAAAUACGGCUGGUAUAAAUGCCGGCUCCGAGGGUGCUGUUGCGCGUUCAAUGGCCGCUAUUGCCGUUGACUUUGCCAGCUUGGCGAUAACGCGCGAGGAGACGGAGUUCAGCACCAGUAACUAUGACAACAAGAGCCAUGCGGGCACUGAGCUGACCACAAUUUCCAGCGAUGCGGAUGAUUACCGCACAAGCAAUGCUAACGAAAUCAUAACGCUCUCACAGCAGGUGGCAAGUGCCACACAGCAGCAUCUAAUAGCAUCUCAUUUGAAUGCCAUUACGCCGCUGGCGCAGUCCAUCGCAAUGGGUGGUUUGGCCAGCAACAAGCAGCAGACAGAAGAUGGAACAGUAGCUGGAACAGGACCUGGCAAUGCCAGCAGUCCCAUUGCUGGAAAGGGUGUGCUGGUCAGCAUUGCUAAUCCCCACCAGAAGCUGGCCAAGCGAAGACUGCUGUUGGAGGCGAAACGGGAGCGGAAGGCAGCCCAAACAUUGGCCAUCAUCACCGGCGCCUUUGUCAUCUGCUGGCUGCCCUUCUUUGUUAUGGCUCUUACAAUGAGCCUGUGCAAGGACUGCGAAAUUCAUCCGGCUGUUGCAUCACUCUUCCUCUGGCUCGGCUACCUCAACUCCACACUGAAUCCGGUCAUCUAUACCAUCUUCAAUCCAGAAUUUCGACGCGCCUUUAAGCGAAUUUUAUUGGGACGGAAGCAUGCGGCUCGAGCCCGCAGUGCGAAAAUUUGAUUUCAACUGAAAACCAACGAGGACCAGUAUCUGUAAGCCCCAUUGAAAGGUGAAAGUGAAAGUUACUAGAAACUAAUUAAUAUCAACCCGCACAAAGUCCAAUCAAAGAGACUCGCACAGAUUUCAACUCACAGACCAGCUGGUAAAGUGGUAUGUAAAUAAAUACUAAAUAAGAAAAGUAGUGAAAAUGGAUGUGGAAUUGACAGUGGCAUUGCAUUAGAUACCAGAUUAGUUAGUUAGGCAUAGACUCUAGACAUUAGCUGUAGUGCGUUUAACGAAGUUUUAACAGUGACAAUCCCAAGUAAGAGUACUCUAAUAAUGUAAUUCCUAUCCUACCUUUAAACCUUACCUUUAACAAACACACACGUGCCCCAAUAGCAACUGGAAACCAAGCAAACUAAAAGCAACAAUUUUUUAUAUAUAAUAUAUAAGUAUUAGAUAUAAGAACACAGCCACAUCCACACACACAGACACACGCACCCACAUAUAAUUGUAUUCGUAUCAUAUAAAAAUGUAUGUGUAUUUUAUAAUGUUUCUAAAGUCUUCCCUGUGUCUUAAAGAAUUCAGAGCAAGUUAGAUGUAUGUGUAUAUAUAAAUAAGAUUAACACGAUGGAAUUGGAAGAUUGGCAAUAUCCACAAAAGAUAUAGGUAUAUAUAUAUAUUUAUAUAUGUAUAUGAUUAUAUGUGCGACUAUCUACCUACUUUCUUCCAAUAUUGAAAAGGCUGGGUCCAAAUCAUUGUACGCUUUCAACUUCUGUGUUAGUUUCAUGUGUUGCGUAAGUUUAGCAUAAGCCCAAUAAUAAUAUUUUUGUCUCGUUCAAUUAA